UCUCUCGCUAUCCGCAUCUAGAAAAACAAUCUGUAUUUGUUACUGUUGAUAGAAGGUUGUGUUUAAAUUGAACUUCUGUUUCUUAACUUUGAAAUAACUGUAAGUUUUAAAUUUCUGAUAAACGACACACUGAGAAUUAAGACUCCAGUAAUGCUAUGUGGGUAGUUCUAGUAAAUUAAGUUAUGGAAGCAAGGGAAACAGCAAAAAUAUUCCUUAUAAAUCAUAAGCAAUAAAAGCAAGUAGUCCUCUGAAAAAUUAAAAAUAUAUAUUCUGUCGAUUCUUGUAAAAUAUAUAUCAUGCACAAGCAGCAUAUCUAAUAGAUACCUUUGCCAAUAAUAGUUCUUUUAUGUUUUAAUAAGAUAAAAAUCAAGCAGAUCUAAUUUUUUUUGCAAAAGAUUUUCUAAGAAGCACACUUUAAUAAGGCAUUUUCUAGCGCCCGUGAAAGAAAAGGCAAUCUCUGGAUCAUAAAAUAUAAAAUAUUUUCUAAUCUAUGCACUCAAAUUUGAAAUAUAUGCAAGCUUUCGAAAAAAUUCUGCAAAAUGUGUAGCAAAGUAAUUUCUUCGCAAGAAUAUAUGAUGCCACAAAUCUUGACACAUAUUAAAGAGAAACCAUUUGUUUGUGAUGUGUGCAACAAAGGUUUCUCUCUUCCAGGAAAUUUAAGGACGCAUACGAAAGAGAAACCUUAUGUUUGUGAGAUUUGCAAUAAAGCUUUUUCUCAAAAAGGAAGUUUAAAGUCUUAUUUACACACGCAUACGAAAGAGAAACCGUAUGUUUGUGAGAUUUACAGUGAAGCUUUUUCUCUAAAAGAAAGUUUAAAGAGCCAUUUACGGACGCAUACAAAAGAGAAACCGUAUGUUUGUGAGAUUUGCAUUAAAGCUUUUUCUCAAAAAGGAAAUUUAAUUAUACAUUUGCGGACGCAUACAAAAGAGAAACCGUAUGUUUGUGACAUUUGCGGUGAAGCUUUUUCUCAAAAAGGAAAUUUAAAUUACCAUUUACGGACGCAUACGAAUGAGAAACCAUAUAUUUGUGAGAUAUGCAAUAAAGCAUUUACUCGAAGAGGAUGUUUAAAGAGACAUUUAAGGACGCAUACGAAAGAGAAAUCGUAUGUUUGCGAGAUUUGCAGUGAAGCUUUUUCUCAAAAAGGAAAUUUAAAGAGUCAUUUAUGGACGCAUAUGAAAGAGAAACCAUAUGUUUGUGACAUUUGCAAUAAGGCGUUUUCUGAGCCCAACAAUUUAAAGAUGCAUAUAAGGACGCAUGCGAAAGAGAAACCGUAUGUUUGUGAGAUUUGCAAUGAAGCUUUUUCUCAAAAAGGAAGUUUAAAGGCUCAUUUACGCUCGCAUACAAAAGAUAAACCGUAUGUUUGUGAGGUUUGCAGUAAAGCUUUUUCUCAAAAAGGAAAUUUAAUUAUACAUUUGCGGACGCAUACAAAAGAGAAACCGUAUGUUUGUGAGAUUUGCAGUGAAGCUUUUUCUCAAAAAGGAAAUUUAAAUUACCAUUUACGGACGUGUACGAAUGAGAAACCAUAUAUUUGUGAGAUAUGCAAUAAAGCAUUUUCUCGAAGAGGAUGUUUAAAGAGACAUUUAAGGACGCAUACGAAAGAGAAACCGUAUGUUUGUGAGAUUUGCAGUGAAGCUUUUUCUCAAAAAGGAUAUUUAAAGAACCAUUUAUGGACGCAUACGAAAGAGAAACCGUAUGUUUGUGAGGUUUGCAGUGAAGCUUUUUCUCAAAAAGAAAUUUUAAAGAGCCAUUUUCGGACGCAUACAAAAGAGAAACCGUAUGUUUGUGAGAUUUGCAGUGAAGCCUUUUCUCAAAAAAGAAAUUUAAAGUGCCAUUUACGGACGCAUACGAAUGAGAAACCAUAUAUUUGUGAGAUAUGCAGUAAAGCGUUUUCUCGAAGAGAAAGUUUAAGGAGACAUUUAAGGACGCAUACGAAUGAGAAACCGUAUAUUUGUGAGAUAUGCAGUAAGACGUUUUCGGAGCGAGGAAAUUUAAAGAAACAUUUAAGGACGCAUAUAAAAGUGAAACCGCACGUUUGAAAUGUAUGCAAGAAAACAUUUUCUAGUGGAUGCUUUUUAUGGAAAUAUUUUCCGACGCAUACGAUACAGAAAACUGUGUGUAGUAAAGCAUUUAAUGCAAAAGGAAAUUUGCACCCCCAUUUACCGAUCCAUUCUAAAGAGUAACUACAUGUUCGUUGUGUUUGUAAUAAAGCAUUUCUGGUCGAAACAUUGAAAGGAGAUAUUUAUUGAGGCAUGCAAAAUUAAAUACACAUAUUUGUAAGAUGUGCAACAAAGUGUUUUCCUUACGAGGAAAUAUGAAAUUGCGUUUAUGGGUUUAUAUGAAAUGAAAAUAUGAGCAAUAAAAUAUUUUCUGAACAUUUGAGUUCACACAUUUAUUGACGGAUGGAAGAAAAAAAAAACCUUGUUUCUGAUGCAUGCAAAAAACCUUUUUCUCGAUGAAGUAUUUCGAAAAUAUUGAGUAACAGUCGCGAGUUAAAAAAAAUCAAAAUGUACACCCUCUUUCCUAUAGGGGAAUACAAAGGCUCUUUUACUGAUACAUACAAAAGAGAAAUCUUAUAUGUACAAUUAUUUGCAACAUAGCUCGGGAGUAAAGAAUGUUUUUAAAAAGAAUUUAAUCAUACAUAUUGAAACAAAAUUAUAUAUAUACCAUUUUUUUUUAAUUUUUCUAUCAUCAUAAUUAAUUAAGAAUUUAAUGAAGUAUACAAAUAAACCGGAAUUGUGUGUCUGUGAAGCGUUUUGUAUAGCUUAUUUUAAUGAUGCAGAUUUUUGCCGGGUUUACAAUCGGCCAGUUAUAAGACUUGCAAUAGGCAACGCAUGCGCAGAGAGGGACUGAUUUAUGUUUGGGAUAAUUUCAUAAGAUAUAUUCAGGGAUUCCAUCCUUGGCUAUAAAUUGCCGUUUUGGCGUCCCUCAAUUUUUCUUUUCCUUUGCGUAUCGUAUUAAAAUGGGGAAUAUUUACAAAAUGUAACAUGGUAAAAUAAAAUGAAAGGUGAAAUUACAAAAUACUAUAUAAAAAAAAUCAAAUAAAAUGAGAAAAAACUCGCAUCGGAAAGGACAUAGAGCAAAAAAUUUCGGAAUUAAUCUCUGUUAAGUAAUCACUUUUUUUCAGGCAAAAAAAAAAAAAAACAUGUAUUUGGCCAAGUGUAAACUCCCCAUAGAAUAUUAAUUAUUGACUUUCUCAGUCGAAACUUGACCUGACAGUUUAGAAGAUUAAAAACCUUUACUCAUCUGAAGAUGUUUUUUCUAAUGCUGGCCUACAACUUUGAUAUCCUGUGAAGCUUUACCAAAGAAACCCAUUUUGUUUUUCUUUUAACAUUGAACAAUAAAUGUUAACUAAACGAAUAAGAAUUUUAUGUUGAAUUAUUUUCUACGAAAGA